AUGAGGACGUUCUUUUCGCACGUCAUGGGCGCAUGGAAGUCGAAGCGGCAAUUACCCCGUGCCGAGGUCGACUGCAGUGAUUUAAUCAAAAGCUUCCCACAGGCUCCAACUACAGCAGAGUUGCGGCAGGUGGUGCAUCGGCGUUUGUUCGGUUCGGUCGGUCCCGCGAGCAGUGAGGCGGAAGCACUGCAUCGGGAGAUGGGCAUUCGCCACACCGUUUUUGAUCUGCAGUAUCGGUGUGGUGCCAGCGGGCGCUGCUGUUGCUGUGAAAGGAUUGAGCCGAGUGAUGGACCGCACAUGGCCACAAGCGGCGGCCAUGUAUCUGAUAAUUCUAAGAUGGGCCCCACUUCCACCACAACAUCCGGCACCAGUGAUGCGGCUUCCAUGCUCAGCAUGACUAUAAAGGGUAGUAGCGUGUGCCGUUUCCCCCGUUGCUUUGCCAUGCGGCCGAUAACCAAAGGCGCGGAGGUGCUUGCAGUACGUCUCGCUUAUGAAGUCGAUGAUGCCCCUACACCGAAAAUUCGGGGGUUGAUUAAACUAGCUCGCGAGGAGAGGUUGGCGGCGGCUGUUCACGGAAUUCAGCAGUUAGUUGAUGCAGAGAUUCGUUUGGCGGCAGGUGGUCGCGUAUUGAGCAGCGCUUUUCAACUUCAACAUCAGUACAGUGAUGCUAGCGCCACGAGCAUUGGCUGUCAUGUUGGUUUCAAUGGAGGAGGAGGUGGUGAUAGUGGCUAUUACUCUUAUAGUGCAGGUGGUGAAGCUUGCGAGGUGAGCCCCGCCGCAUUGAAGUACGGUAGUGAAAGCGCUGUGGGAGGAGGUGGAGUGAAUCCUCUGUUAGAAGAGGCUGCACUGCGGGAGGAGAUCGUGUCGUUGUACUUAUGGAGGGCGUCAUUGCUGGUAAACAUGCGGGAGGAUGAGCGGGCGGUGUCUUCACUGUUGAACUUAGCUGCUCUGCUGGCACCAAAGAGCAACACGCGUACCAACCAUAACAGCGACGAUACGAAACAGCAGCCAAAUCGAGAUGAAGGACAGAAGGAAGAACAGUUCCGGCAGCUCCAGCAGGAUCGACUUCGACUGUACACCUCUGCUGCCUCCUGGGCAGCACUAAAUGAUAUGGAGGUGAUUUACUACCGUUCACUACUCAAGCGGUAUGAACCCUUCCCGCUGGCUGAGACGUUUGCCCAUGACAGGCCGUUACUGUUAAAACGUGUAGUGGAGGCAUGCCGCUGCGACAAUGGUGGUUCUCUUAACUGUCCUAAUGGCGUCAACAGCGGCAGUUGUAGUUAUAGCAGUGUUGCGGAUGCAGAAACUGUUGCAUACAUCACGGAGUGUAUAGCACAUACCGUUUUCGCAAAGGAGGUGACGGCAACUGUUUCGCGGGCUCAAGCGGCGCAACAACAUGGAGACCUUACUGAGGAUCCUAUGCGGAGUCUCUGCCUUCCAUUCGCACUACGGUACUACAGGUUCUACGUUGGUGGUGCUUUCUGGGAGCACUUCUUCCGGCUCUUGUGCAUGCCGCCCAUACCCCCGUCAGGACGCAACGAGGAAGCGGAACGGUUGGGUCUCACUCCUAAUUACGUGCUGGAUGCCGUUGGGAGAUCUAUGCUACUACAUCAUUUAGUAAUGCUCCACGAGGUACGGGAGAGGGAAAUUGCUGACGGCACGGUGGCUUCAACCAUACGGGAACUACAUAAGGAACAGAGUCUGGCCGCAGCCGCAUCUGCAUGUGAGGGCAAUGGGGACAUGGGGGGAUGUGGUGAUUCGGGUGUGCCAGUGCAUCCCGCGCAUUAUGAACAUGUUUUAACGGAUCGAGAGCGGGCGGUUGCUGUCACGCGAUUGAGGGAGCUGCUGAUUGUGGGUCGCGGUUACGAGUCCGUUCUCUCAGGUAAGGGAGCUAACAAUAACGACACCGGUAGCAGCGGGAACAGCGCAGGCGGAAAUAACGGCGACGGUGACGGGGGCAGCAACAACAACAAAACUAGCGUCUGA